CAUUCCCUGACGAACAAGCAUGUAUUCAAAAUGUAGUUGUCGUAUAAUCGGAAUGGUGCCGUUGAGUUAGUUAGAUGACCCCCCCCCCCCUUUCCCCCUUAUCUAAGCUCAUGUCACUGUCUUUACUCUGCUUACACUUUUUUAGCGUAGAUCUUCCAGUCGUCGUAGCGGUUGCUUCCCGCAGCUCAGUAGGCGUAGGCUGUAGCAUUUGAUAGCGCUCGCAAUUACAAAACUCACCUACACUUCAACAAAUUCUCAACAUUCCUUCUAAUCAUUUCUUUUUCAUGCAUCUGUAUUUUGUCAUGCCUCUUUGAAUGACGUUGCCUUUAAUACUUUGCAUAUGAAGUGAACCGUCGUUUUGGAAAAUGAAACGUUAAUUAAAACAGAAACAAUUCAAAGGCCAGAUAUGAACAGCAGCCGCAACGAUGUCGAUACGACCUCCUGUCGGUUUGCAUCGUUUUCUUGAGCUGCUCUUCUUCUGGGAACUCCCUCCGACUCCGAAUGCAAGCCGAGCAUGUCUGUUGCAGGGGAAGGGAACGGGCUCAGGGCACAGGACCCUCCUGUACGGCAAUGCCAUCCUGCUCCGGCACCAGAACAGCGACAUGUACCUGGCGUGCCUGUCGACCAGCUCCUCCAACGACAAGCUGUCGUUCGACGUGGGCCUGCAGGAGCACUCGCAGGGCGAGGCCUGCUGGUGGACCGUGCACCCGGCCUCCAAGCAGCGGUCCGAGGGUGAGAAGGUCCGCGUCGGCGACGACCUCAUCCUGGUGUCGGUGGCGACCGAGCGCUACCUGCACACCACCAAGGAGAACGACCUGUCCGUGGUGAACGCCUCCUUCCACGUGACGCACUGGUCAGUGCAGCCGUACGGCACCGGCAUCAGCCGCAUGAAGUACGUGGGUGAGUACAUCCUCAACCAGAUGCAUAUGGGCGAGACGAGACAGGAGACGCCGCAGACAUCUCCAGGGCCGGGCAGAGUGUCUUUCUUUGGCUACCGCGGGCGACCGCGGCAGCGCCGGCGCCCCUCCAAUAUGGAUAACUGG